AUGAAACUCUUCGUCUUGUUUUCGACCAUUCUGGUCGCAGUGGUGCUGUCUCAGACCACGUAUCUAAACGACCCUCUUGUGACAGUCCGGGCAGAUGGGGUCCCAGAGAAGCCAGUCACGGUAGAACACAGCCGGCUGCUAUCCUUUCUCCUCCAGCUUUUCCCAGCACGGUUUGCGCUGAAGGAGGCGAGGGACCUCAUGCACACCGCCGAGCGGGCUAUUGCCCUCACCUUCGGCCUGCAAUCGGUCGAGAACCAGCUACCAAAGGCAGGAGAGCCCUGCCCUUCUGUCACCAUCAUCUACGCGCGUGGGACGUACGAGAUAGGCAACGUCGGCGUGCUCGUCGGCCCGGGCUUCUUCGAGGCUGUGAAGCUGGCCACGAGCGCUACGAACUCGUCGGUAUCUGUAGCGGUCCAGGGCGUCGAGUACGCCGCGAUAUUCCCGGAAUACGUGAAAGGCGGGGACAGGGCAGGCAGCCAGAAGAUGUACAGUUACCCACCCUCCCAGAGCAUCCAGGUUCCCGGUGCCCGCUCAGCUACUGACUUCCUACCAAUAACUAGGGCUGACGAUGUGAGCCAAGCUCUCGAGGUGUGCCCGCAGACAAAGGUCGUCAUGGCUGGCUUCUCGCAGGGCGGUCAGGUGGUGCACAAUGCGGCGGCCCAGCUGCCUCCCGCGACCAUGGCGCAGGUCAGCUCGGUGGUCAUUUUUGGAGACCCGUUGAACGGGACGGCAGUGGCCGGCGCUGUUCCCGAGAGAGUGCUGGUCCUCUGCCACGAGUCGGAUAUCAUCUGCCAGGGCAGCCUCUUCGUACCACUAUCGCAUAUGACGUACCUGGCGGACGUCGGAGAGGCAGCCGAGUUCGUGGCCAAGCAUUUGUGA